GUGUCCGAGUUCUUCAGAUCGGAUCUGAAGUACCACAGAACCACAGAAGAAAGGAAAGGAAAUUGGACUUUUGAUUUUGCGCACCUUUCCAAACAUUUGUUCUAGUUUUGGUGGGAUAAAUAUGAAAGUGUGGACUUUCCUGCCGUGGCUCCCGUGCCUGAUUUUCCUAAUCCUGUGCGUGGGGUCUGAGUGCGGCGCUGUGUGGAGGAAAGGACGCUCCAAACGCGAGUUGGUGAAGCUCCGGGAGGCGCAGACCAGCUCACAGGGAUCGUGCGCUACUCGACUGCCGCGCGGCAAGCGCUCCGUGCCGGGACUCGACCGCCGCCUGCCCCGCCAACGCCGGCGCGCAUUUGGGCGCGACGAAAGCGAGGAUGUACCUGUCUCCGGUGCUUCACCCCUGCAUGGCCACGCUGUUUACUUCACCGGUAGAGGAGAUCAGUUGCGACUUAGACCUGCAGUCGAAAUCUCGAGGGGAAACUUCACCCUGGGGAUGUGGGUGAAGCCCGAAGGUGGUCAGCGCUCUCCUGCUGUCAUUGCAGGUCUUUUCGACAAAUGCUUCUACGCCUCUAGCGACAGAGGAUGGCUGCUGGGCAUCAAGACGGUCAGCGAGCACGGCAACCGAGACCCUCGAUUCUUCUUCUCGCUCAAGACCGACCGCGCCCAUAAGGUCACUCUGAUCCACUCGAACAGCCAUUACUUGCCCGACCACUGGGCGCAUGUGGCGGUCACGUACGACGGCGUGUAUAUGAAGCUGUUCGUCAACGGUGCUCAGACAGCCGUCAGCAGGGAGCAGUCGGGCGACGUCUUCUGCGCUCUUACCAAGAAGUGUAAGGUGUUGAUGCUGGGUGGAAACGCCUUGAAUCACAACUACAGAGGAUCCGUCGAGCGCGUGACCCUGUGGCACCAAGCCUUAACCCAACGGCAAGUCAUAAAGCACAUGCUCGGCCAGGAGGACCCUCAGGACCAAGCGGACCUGGUCAUCCGGGAGAAUUUCGAGCACCCUGAGCGCAAGUGGCUGGUGGUCAAGGAUGGAAACUUCCCUCAACCGGACGACGGAUCCCGAGCUGGCUUGGACUCUCUGGAUACGAGCCUAGAACCUCCGGCGUGCGGGCAAACGGUGUGCGAUAACGUCCAGGUCGUGCGCAACUACAACAACUUCUGGAACUUCAGGCGGCCCAAGACGGUGCGCUAUCGCGUGGUGAACGUGUACGACGACGUGCGGCGCAGGCCCAUGGUGACCGACGAGCAAAUCCACCUGCAGCACCAGCACCUGAACGCCGCCUUCAACGAGUACAACAUCACGUGGGAGCUGACGGUUCAUAACGUCUCCAACUCCUCCCUGCAUUCCCGCCUCAUCCUCGCCAACUGCGACAUCAGCAAGGUCGGCGACGAGGACUGCGACCCCGAAUGCAACCACACCCUGACCGGAUUCGACGCCGGUUACUGCAAACCCCGGACCCGCUGCUCCGAGCACAAGCUGGGCAAUGGAGUCUGCGAUCUGGAAUGCAACGUGGAUCACUAUGGCUACGACAAGGACGAAUGCUGCAACCCAAAUAUCACUGACGUCACCAAGACCUGCUUCAACCCCACGUCACCGCUAAGGGCGUACCUGAACGUGAAGGAGCUGAAGGAUCUCCUCAAACUGGACGGCUCGACGCACCUCAGCAUUUUCUUCGCCAACUCCACGAAUGAAAACCUGGCGGGCGUGGCUACGUGGCCCUGGGAUAAAGAAGCCCUGACACAUUUAGGGGGCAUCGUGUUAAAUCCGUCCUUUUACGGGAUGUACGGGCACACCCACACCAUGAUCCACGAGAUCGGGCACAGCCUGGGUCUCUACCACGUCUUCAGAGGGAUCACAGAGAUCGAGUCCUGCAACGACGUCUGUCUGGAGAUAGAGCCGUCGCUGGAGACCGGGGACCUGUGUGCCGAUACCAACCCCACUCCCAAAUACAAGCACUGCAGAGACCCCGAACCCGGCAACGAGACCUGCGGGUGCACCAAAUUCGUCCACACGCCUUAUAAUAACUACAUGAGCUACACAGAUGAUACCUGCACGGAUUCCUUCACCCUAAACCAGGUGUCUCGGAUGCACUGUUACCUGGACCUGGUCUAUCAGACCUGGCAACCGGACUACAAGCCCCCGCCUGUACCCAUGGCCCCUCGAGUGAUGGAACAAGAACAGGACAGCGUCAGCGUGGAAUGGUUUCCUCCCAUCACGGGUCACUUCUACGACAGAGAAGUGGGAUCAUUGUGUGAUAAAUGUACAGAAGGUCGAGUCUUCGUCCAGUACGCCUCCAACUCAUGGUCACCAAGUCCCUGCCUGCCUUAUGGACACUGGAGCCCACGGGAGGCAGAAGGUCCGCCUGAUGCAGAGCCGGUGUGCGAGCCGAGCGUUCGUACCUGGAGCCCCCACAACAACAUGGAGCUGGGUCUGGUGCCCCCGCCGUGCCCGCUGCAGGGCUGCAUGCUCCAGCUGAAGUUUGCCUACCCGGUCGUGCCCGAUUCCCUGACAAUCUGGGUGACCUUCUGUUCCCCGGAGGAGGCGGCGCUGCCCGCCAUCCACAACAUCAUACUGCUCACCAUGGGCGGUUACAAUCUGUCCCUGGGACCCAGCGAUGUGUUCUGCGACACGCCUCUGACCAUCAAGCUGGACGUGGAGGAGAAAGUGUUGGGGGUGCAGAUCUUCACCAUGGAGCAGCAUUUGGAGAUCGACGCCGCCAUGCUGACCUCCAAGCCCGACUGCCCGGCGUGCAGGGACUGUGAGCCGCUGCGUUACAGGCUGCUGCGCCAGCCGCCUUUUACUGGGGCUCAGACGGGCAUCGAGCUCAGCGACUCGGCACGCAGAUACGUCGACAGGGACGUAACGCGGGGAGUGACGUACACCUACCAGGUUCAGACCUUCUCCAGAUUUGGGGAGAGCGAAGCGUCUCCUCCUCUCGUCCACCAGCUCGGAGCUCCGUACUGUGGAGACGGGAUCAUACAGAGGUCUAAAGGAGAGCAGUGUGAUGAUAUGAACUCUAUGAAUGGUGACGGAUGUUCCAGUCAGUGCAAGAAAGAAGCUUUUUUCAACUGUGUAGAUGAGCCCAGCAUGUGCUACUACUACGACGGCGACGGGGUCUGUGAGGACUUCGAGAGGGAGAAGAGCGUGAGGGACUGCGGCUUGUACACGCCCAGCGGGUUCCUGGAUCAGUGGGCCACCUCGGUAGAUACGUCUCACGAAGAGAGGCUCUACUGCCCGGCCGAGGUGGCUUCGGGAUACCCCGCCAUCACCAAGACGUGUCAGUCUAAGGUGUACGACUUGUCCCACGGUAUUUCCCAGUAUGCCUGGUUUCCCUGCCGCGAGGCCCAGAUGCAGCGGUACCGAGCGUACUGGUUAAAGGCUUAUUUCUCUCACCCGAUGGUAGCCGCGGCCGUCAUCAUUCACCUAGCGGCGGACGGGACCAGCCUGUUUGACCAGACCCAGUGUAACAUGACCGUGCAACUGGUCGACACCAAGGAGAAAGUCCACAGCUUAGGUGACUGGCGCCUGAGCUGCCGUACCAACCCGCUGGUGAUCCCCGUGAGUCACGACCUGAGCUUGGCUUUCUACCACACCAAGGCCAUCCUGCUGACCUUCCGCUGCGGACUGGUGGCAAUCUCAGGCGUGGGUCUGCGCUCCUUCCAGUUCUUCGACCCCAUCACCAUCAGCAGCUGCCAGAGCAACGAGAUCUACAACCCCAUGGGUCAGAGUUGUGUACAUUAUUCCUGCGAGGCGAUCGACUGCCAGGAGCCGAUGGUGCGAAAUUCCGAGAUGAGAUGUAGCGGUGGCUUCUUUAACGGUGCCCGAUGCACCAUCACAUGCAACAGUGGCUACGUACUGCAGAUCCACCGGGACGACGAUCUCAUCAAGAGCCAGUCGGGAUCCACGGUGACCAUCACCUGUACGGACGGCAAGUGGAACAAGCAGGUCUCCUGCGAGCCCGUGGACUGCGGCCUGCCUGACAAGUACCACGUCCAUCCGGCCAACUUUGACUUCCCCGAGGGCACCACGUACGGCAAGAAGUGCACCUUUCAGUGCAGGGAACCCGCUCAGCUCGUGGGAACCAAUAACACCCUGACGUGUAUGGAGGACGGUCUGUGGUCCUUCCCCGAGGCCCUGUGUGAGCUUAGAUGUCCGGUUCCUCCUUCCAUCCCGAACGCCGUGCUGCAGAACAAGCGCUGUAACGAGACCGGACUCAAAGUGGGCUCGCUCUGCAAGUACAAGUGCAAACCCGGCUACCACGCUGCCAACAAACCCAGGAGGCGGGCGUUUAAGCUGCAGUGUACCGAGGACGGUAGGUGGCUGGAGGGCUCCUGUGAGCCGGUGAUGUGCCCUCCGCCGCCACCCGUCUUCCACGGCAUGUACCACUGUACCGACGGCUUCCGCUUCGACAGCAUGUGCUGGCUGCAGUGCCAGUCCGUCAACAGCACCGUGAAAUCACCCGCUCCCUGCAAACAGGGGCCGCAAUCCAACGUGAUCCGCUGCAGGAAGGACGGAAACUGGACCGGAACUUUUCAGAUUUGUCCUCAGCUUAAAGGUCACUGCUCGCUACCUCGGAACCUGCACCCCGGCAUCCGGCUCAGCUGCAGGAAAGGACAUGCGAUCGGAGCCGAGUGUGAGCUUUCAUGCAGGGACAUGAACAGCGAUGUGGUCAUCCUGCCAGACAACGUGACCGCCAGCAGCUUUCUCCAGCACCACUGGAUGAACCCGCCUAAAAUCACGCAUAUAACGUGCACCAUGGGUCUGAAGUGGUACCCACAUCCUGAGGUCCUGCACUGCAUCAAAGGUUGUGAGCCGUUCCAGGGGGACAAUUAUUGCGAUGCCAUGAACAACCGAGCUUACUGCAACUACGACGGAGGAGACUGCUGCCAGUCCACGGUCAAGACUAAAAAGGUGAUCCUGUUUCCGUCAUCGUGCGACGCUCAGAGUGACUGCGCCUGCCGGGACCCCAGCGCGCCCGAGAACAUCAAGGACGAGUACGUGCACUCGCUGGGCUGAGGACGGGGGCGCGGCCGCGGAGGUUCCGGCCUCGGACAUUCUUCCAGAUCUGCUGCUUCACAAGUGUACCUCUCCUGUCCUGUCGCGCUGCUCCUCCUCGUCAACGUGUCUGCCUGCAACCGUCCGCCACCUUCCGGAAGGUCUACCCACCGGCAAGGGAAACCAAACGGGAAAGAAAGGAGACGGGUGUGGGGGUAUGAGGGAGGAACGGACCUCGAUGCCAUCCUUUGUUAUUAGCCUAGAUGAUGAAUAUGAUCUGUUCUGGUUAGCAUGCCCAUCUGUGCCAGCUUGUUUAAAUGUCCAUUUUGCUAAUUGUAAAGUCCAGGGUUUAAUCAGCGUACACACACAGCAUCCACACACAGCAUCCACACA